GAAUUCCAAGAUAUUCCAGAUUUGUUGUAAUGGCAGGAGAUUUAUUUCAAGCAAACAAAGGAACAAUGAUCCUAACUUACUGACCUACACAGCGGAACAGCAACUGCACAUUAUAAACACUCUGCAGAAAUGUGCCAUGGAGAAUACAACAAGAUUGCAUUUGAAUGAAAAGCGGUUGCAGGGAAUCAAAAUGUUGUUUGAGAAACAUCCCAAUAUGAAGAGUUUGGAGCCAUUACUCACUGUCAAUGGAUUAGGGCCCAAACUGCUGAGUAGGAUAUGCGAAAGCAUUAUUCAAGAGCCAGCAGAAAACUUUCAACAAGAGCUGUCAGUAGAAGAAGACAGCAGGGUUGUUGAUGUCGGAUCCCAGAUUCUGAAAUUACCUAAUAAUCUGGUCACCCCGACCCAUGUCACUCAGAUUCCAUUCGUGAAGACUGUUGUUGGUAUACAUCUGGGAAUCAAUACGGUUAGCUGGGCUCGGUUACACACAGCUGGAGAACUAGACACCUGGGGAGUGCUUGACAUUUCUCACUGUGCUGACAAGAAGUAUGAUGUCCACGCCGUCUGGGAUCUGGUUACGCUUUUAAGAGAAGAGCUUCCGGAUGGAGAUGUUUAUAUAAUGGAAAACAACAAUUGGAGCAAUGUUGCCAACGUCAAGAAGCCCAUAAAAUAUCAUAUUUUUGAAGCCAUGAUUACAACCUCAAUCUGUUCAGUGUUUAAUCAGGCAGAUUCUAAAAACAAACCGAGGCAUGAGAUGGAUAAUCGAGUGUACUUCUUGCGUCCAUUCACUCCGUCUCGACUUUUCCGCAAGGUGGUAGGUUCAGAACGUGUGAGUGCACAAGAUGUGGUAAAGGACAUGAUAGACGGCAUACCAGAUGUGCGACACCAACCUAUCACCUUCACCCCGGACUCGGUAGAACAGUAUCUGCUGGUCAAUGGUUCCCUCAGAGACACCAUGAGUCAGGCACUCCUGCUCGUCAUCAGUUUCACUGAGCUCAUCCUGCUACAGAAUCCAGAAGCACUCAGUAUCAUUGGGAAAACGGUCAAUGCCAAGAAGCGGUAGCUGGUGAAUCUAUUAAAUAGUGGACAAUAAUUUUACUGUUUAUGUACAUUAGUUUAUGUAUAAAUAAGUGCAUAUCAAA